GUUUGGUCUUUAAAAUAGGUAAGCAUGCAAUUUUGAUAAUUAAAGUUUGUAUCUCGAUCUCGUGUUCACCAAACCUACAAUGGCGACGACUCGAUAUCAUAUCCAUAUCUUAGUUUUUGUUUUCAUCUGGACUUUUUCCUAUGGUCUUCAAGAUGAUGCAUGCCGGAUUCUGGGGUGUGGAGAAGGACGAUGUGUGGAGGAUCACGACGGCUCAUCAUCAUAUCACUGUGAGUGUAAUCAUGGAUGGAAAACCAUCAAGGUUGCUCCAAUGCCAUUUCCGUCUUGUAUCGUUCCCAAUUGUACGACGGAUCUCCCAUGUGGUGGAAAAGCUCCUAUACCGCCUCCCCCUCCCCCGCAACCACCCUUAAACGUCACCAAUGUUUGUAGUUUGGUUUGGUGUGGCGAUGGUUAUUGUGUGGCAAACGGAAAUAAGCACUACUAUUGUCGAUGUCAUGACGACGCCGCUGCUUUUCUCCACAGUAAUUUCUCCAUUUGCUUGAAGCAAUAUAUUGCUCUUUGUGUAGGCACUUUGAAAGAAGAUUGCACCCAUCUUGGUUUUGGUCUAGUAAAACCACCAUCACUACUACCACCACCACCUCCCAGUAGUUCCGGCUCUUUUAAUUAUCGAAAAAAUAAAGUCGUCGCGUAUACACUGACACAGCCAAUUCACAUUAUUGUUAUCUUGAUGGCAACGGGAUUCGCAAUAGAUUAGCGACGUGGUUACCAACAUUAUGAAUUCAUCUAAGUAUAUAGAAUUAUAUAUAGUAAUUAGAGACUUUUAUGUAGUUAUUCACGUAUAUAGGCUCUCGUACACGUAUCUGUUAUAUGAGGGUAGUCACCGCUCGUGUUUUCGUUUUGAGCACCAAUAAGAUACGGAAUUUAAAACUUAAAUAUAUUGUCGACAUGCAUUUAGUCACGAGGACUAAAAUUGUAGGAUUUGUCAACUUAAAGAGUUUUCUUUGUAAUUUUUAAAGUUUGAUGCCAUGUAACAGAAAACUACCAACCAAAGAGAAUGAAAAGUAGUGUAAUUUAACUAUUCUAAACUUUACAACAACAACAAAACCCAAUCCUUUAACGGGUAUCGAGGAGGUGAGCUGUAGACAGUCUUACCUUUACCUAAAGGUAGAAAGACUACUUCCAAAAGGGACCUCCGGCCACAAAGAGAUGGAAAUUGGGGAGUAAAGAAAGUUCAGUUACCGUACCUGUCGUCCGAUAAAAAAAUAUGAAGGUAUACCUGUUAGCUGGGUACACCCGACAACCUGAAAGGGUAGGAAAAGUACCAGUUUACCAUUUUUAUCUCUUACUUCAUAUUGUAUCUUUUCGUUCUCUUAUUGAUGUACCACAAAUACUUUUGAGUGUUUAAUAAGAAUGAAUCAAAGAAAAUAAAAAUUAUAUGCA